AUGAGAGAUCGGCCCGUCAUCAGCAUCGAAAAUUACACCAUAUGCUGCGGCGAUACUGAUGAGAACAAAGUAGGUGGCUGCGCAAUAGCUGUGAGGAACGAUUAUAACAACCUGAUAGAGGAAUUUGGCUCAACGUCGUCUAGAUGCACCGUUCUACGACUGCAGGAUCGCAGAGGACGUAAACUCUGGAUCGUAAGUGCUCACGCACCUACGGAAACCCCCGACGACAAGACUAAGGACGCCUUCUAUGACGAACUCAAUGCGUUGAUGUCUAAAACACCAAGCCAGCAGGUGGUCAUUGUCGGAAUCGACGCAAAUGCGAAGAUGGGACUCGAACAGCAAUCCGAUAUGCUAGAAAAAUGGUAUUAUUCAGCGGCGCGCACAUCGGUCGUCUGA